AGAAAAAAAAAAAAAAGCUAACGUAGAAGUGGGGUAAAACGGUGCUGCACCUAAAACUAUGAUGGUUCACGAUCAUUUCAAUUUUUUAAAAACCAUUUCAUUAUAAAUUUAAAAUUUAAAGGGAAAAUACUCCAUAUUAUUCGGAUACAAAUCAAGUCAAGUUUAAAAUUAUUGUAAGUUUUUCGAUACACGAUUGAAAUGCAUCACAGUCAAUUAUUUAAAGCAAUUGUAUUUUAGUAUUACUUCCUAAGGUAGCCAAAGAAUGAAUUCAAUUCAUGCAUUGUGUGAGCAUAAUGAAUUAAUUUUUUUCUUCCUGUCAUGAUAGAAAAAUAAGUUUUUCUAUUCUUCCUUGUUUUGUGGAAUAUGGAAUCGGUGACCAUUUCCGCUGAAGAAAAUGAGGCAUUUACUAAUAACAAAGAUUCACAAGACAAGAAGAUUGAAACUGACGAAAUUGCUAGUGAUCGUGAAUCAUCCGUUGACUCUUUUCACACCAAUAAAUCUGAGUUUUCGAAUACAACAGGAACCGAACUUAUCGAUGUCGAUGACAUAGAGUUGUCCGAUGAAGAAUCAUGGUUGUACCAAUCACCUAAAAAAGUUUCAGUGGAAGAAAAGUCUCAGAAUACUUAUAAAUGGUUACAUAAAGAUGUUGAAGAGAUGGAUGACAAAGAACUUCAAGUUACAAAGAAAGCUCUUGUCAGCAAGCUAAAGCAGCUGCAAAUUCAUAAUGAAAUGCCCAAAAAAGCUUCUGCACAAUCUCUUUACCCAUCUUCAGAGAAAGUUAUUGCUUCAACACAAAGUCUGGAUGCUGCAGGAAGUGAUUGUUUGCGUGGAGUAAAUAAGACAAAUACAGUUAAAGAAGAAAUUAGGGAAAAUUCUCAAGAAUCAUCUGCGGUUAUGCAACCUAAGAUAUCUGAAGUAAAUGAACUUUUUGAUGUGACAGAUGUUCAAAAAAUUGCAAGGCUGCAAGAAGAAAGCCUCAAACAAAGUAUGCCCAGGUACCACAUGUAUACUGAGAGAAGGAACUCAAGUGCAAGUAGAAGUUUAUCACCUGCAGUCUAUACCCAGACUAUUGGACUUAGCAAACCAUCUUCUGUUGAAGCUCUUAAUACAUGCUGUGGUAAAUCAGAUCAAUCAAACAUUUAUUCUUUGCCUCGACCUCAAAGAAUGAAAAAAAUCAAUUCAUUUGGAUCUUCAUCAGCUUUGCACUGCCAAAAUUUAGAUCUCAGCUAACUACAAACCUGCUUCUUCAUCUUAUGAUCAACAAGGCUCAAGAACACUUCCAUCAUCCUAUAGAAUUCAUUCUAGAAACAACUCCUCUAAAAGAGAUUUAACUUCACUGACACCCUCGCCUAGACGUGAGUCGUCGCCUUUCUUCCCAAGUCAUCAAAAUGGCUCAGCUUUUAACAUGGGGAGAAGAGAGUCUGCACCUGGAAGCUCAAGGCGGUUUUUGUCACCAGCAUCAUCACCAACCGCAUACCAAAGAAGUAUUGGCUCAACAACUUCAUUGCAAAGUCCCACCAAAUCAAGCAAUAAUUCCUCAAGAAAUGUUGGAUCUUCCAAUUUGGAACAUCAUCGAUCAGUAUCACAUUCCUCAUCAAGGCGCCAACCUUUAACUACAGUUCACAAUCGCUCGCCGCAACGAGGCACUAGUCCAGCAUCAUAUCAAAAUGGAGAAUUUCACACUGCAAAAAUACCAUCAAAAAUACCUAGUCCAGCGUUAAAAUCUGGAAUACCGGUGCCUUCAGGUGCAUCAAAGGCUACUACUGAAGAUAAUUGGAGUCAUGAUUGCUUUUGACCAAAUUUUUUGAUUGUGUGUAAUUUUAUGUACUAUUUGUUAAAAUGCUACUUGUGUGCCUACAAUCUUGUUGCCAAUAAUUUUAUAUUGCCAUACUUAAUAUUAAUUUUAAAUUAUGCUUCCAAGGAGGAAGUGUUGUUAAAUUUAAUACAAUGUUUGAUAUGCAUGUAAAACGUUUGUUUAUAAAUAGCCUUGCUACACAUUUUAUAUGUUACAAAUUUUAUUCGCAGAAUUUGUGAUGAAUUUUUUUCUCCUGAAGUUUGGAA